UGUUGGGUUUAUUCUCCGGCUGCUGCAGCGUCUCUGUGAUCUCAUAAACAUCCAGCUGCAGGUCCAGCUCUUUGUGCCUCUUGUUGAAUCAUCGCUUUCACAUUUCAGACUCUUUGCAUUCAAAUCAUGAUACGACCUCAAGUCUCCGUCACAACCAGCAGAUUAUCAUACGUUAAAGUACAACAGAAUACAGCAACUAGACAUGAAUGGGUAAUGGUUCUAACAUGUCUGCUUUACAUUGUUAUAAUAUUAGUGUUUUUACUUGCCUUUGAACCAGAACUACACGUGUACCAGACGUUUGGUUGUUUGGUAUAACAAGUAAAUGAAGAGCUUCAACUGUUGAUGGGAACACACACACACACACACACACACACACACACACGUUGCAUUCUCACGUUUCAUUUGUGUCUGUCUGAGAAUCUGCAUGCCAGAGUUUCCCACGAGGCGUUCAGGGUCCCGUGUCCAGCAGUGAUGGGUGCACGAUGAGGGCUCAUUAGAGUGUGAGACGAGCUGCAGGCUGCUGAAGGCCAGAUGUUCACAGCGUUGUGGGAGCUGACAUGUGCAGAGAGGAGUCUGCUGAAAACUGUUGCUCCUUCCUGCUUCAGGACUCUUCAGGUUCUCAUCGAGCUCUCACUGAGAGCGUGACAGGAAGUGGGCAGCGGUGCCUUUUUAUACAAAUAAAAGCACCGGCUGAGUUCAGAUGAUGAAAGGAGGUCAAACCAGAUUCUCUCCAGUGCAGAGAUGGAAAGAGAAGUGCACAAACUUCUGCGGUUCAUUGUUCUCUGAUGUGGCUGAAGCAUUGAAGCGAGAGAUAAUUGGGUUCGACCCCCCCCCGUUGUGUGAUCACACGAGCCGCACUGUUGCUGUGGCAUGUAAGGACGAGCAGAGAGGAUCAUGGGUAAGGACGAGCAGAGAGGAUCAUGGGUUAUUUCCCGCACAUGUGGAAGUGCUGCAGACUUCAUUUGGUUUUCUGAUGAGCCAGAAAUCAGAACACAUGUUUGUGUUUCUGCCACAUAAUCUGAAUCAAAUGAAUAAUUCAUCCACAGAUUGUGACCGCGGUGUUUAUCAUAAUCAUAAUAGUGAUUGUUGAUGGUUCUGAGGUUGCUGCUAUGAUGAUAAAUUGGCUUCAUUGGUUUUCUCUGCUGAAUGUCUUCAUGUCCUCUCACAGGCUGAGAGUCAGGUGUGUCUGAAGGAUGAAGGUGGUGCAUGAAAGAGAGACACCUGUCAGCUGCUCGACCUCUCUGACCUGCUGGACCACAGAAAACAUGAGGAGGAACUAAACGUCCGACCAAAACCUCAGUUUACAAUCAUUAGACAAAGAAAAGUGAACAUAACGAUGGUCUGUUUCCUUCAGCUGGAGUGAACUGCUCUCUUGUUUUUUAUUUAAAUAGUUUUUCCAGCUAAAGAGAGAAAUGUUUCCGUUCGUCCAACCGACCGGCUUCAAAUGAGCAAAGUGGAUCUGAGGUUGUGUCUGCUCAUGUGAAGUUAAAUCGGCUUCUCAUUUGAACAUUCUUGUGCUACACUGGGUUCACUUUCUCCUCCCCGGGAACAAACAUCAUUGAUAUUCCUGCGUGGCUCCCUCAGGGCGACGGAGGACGGGGAGAACAGGGAGCUGGCCCGGGGAUGUUCAGUCAUACUGAGCAGCAUUAACACGGCGUUCAUCAGAGAGGCCUCUGGAGGAGGGGUGCGUUGGAAUGAAUGAAACAUGCUGCUGCAGGUCUGAUGACACCUGAGAGGAACCUGCAGGUGUGUGUGUGUGUGUGUGUGAUGAACAAACCACACAGAUCACACAUUUCAAUAAGAGAUAGAGAUGAGCUUCUCCAGUCAUAUUGUUGACUGAAUAUCUUUGGGUUUUGACAUUUGAAGACUUUAUUUUUGUGAAGUUGUGAUUAUUUUGUGACCUUUUUAAAGACUAAUUUAGUUUGUGUAGAGCCACGUUUACGAUGCUGCGCUCUCAGCAGUGUGUUGGGCAGAAAACAGAGUCCAACAUGACAAAGACCUCAGUGUCCUCCUCCUCCUCCUCCUCCUCCUCCUCCUCCUCCUCUCAACGCUUCCCCAUCGGCAGAUUCUCCACAUUCCGUCCAAUCGGAGGAAAUGACAGCAGCCACACGUGUUCUCUAGAACUGGAGCAGCGGCCUUAUGUAACCCGCUCCUCUGAGGAGGUGUGAGGACGCCUCGGCCUCCCGGUGCCGGCGGUCGUGCCUGAUCUCCCGGAGUCGGGUGGGUGUUUGUGGGUGAGAGUCGUCGACCGCCGGAGUCACGACAUGUUGUUCCUGUUCGUGUGAGUCACCUUCUUCCAGUGAAGUUUGAGGACUAUUUAUUUCUAACGUUAUUGAUGCUUUUGGUUUGAUUUUGCGCCGACAGACACUCGGAUCUGAACAGAGAUUAUUCAGCAUUAGCUCGGGCUAAAUCAGUUCAAAGCUUUUCAUCGUGCAGCAGAAAGAGUACUGUUGAUGGACAGACAGUCUGGACACGACCAACAACAGUCACGGCAUUCUUUUCCCACAAUCAACCUAAAGACUGGGUUUACCUUCCUGUUGGGAACAUUCCCUGGAAAGCAGAAGAUCUGUUGUGUCCUAACCCACCUGAAGUGUUUCUGUCUGACGGAGACACGUGACGACACACACACACACACACACACACACCAUACAAACACAUGCAAUGAUCCCAUGGUCACGUUCCCCUGCCUCCCCGGCCCGUAUUGAUUGACAUGUGCUGAGGGGGGCGCUUGGUGUUCCAGGUUAGCUGCAGGACGAUUGAUGACAACAACCUCUCCGGAGGCUGAGGUUGUGAGAGCGGCUCUGGCAGCUCGCUCUGAGCUCGUCAUGAACGGGCCUGUUUUUGGCAAACUCUCCCACCAGCCUGUUACCUCGGACGGCUCGUGAACAGCGCUGAGAGACAGAGAGGUCUGUGUGCAUCAUUCAGACACCGGGGAGAGGGACGGGAGGCUGUUGGUGAGGACGUGUUGCAGCCUCGAUCACAUUUCUCAGGUGAAACCAUGUGGCUGUGUGGUGCUCCCUAGCCUCCCACCUGGUCACCCCUCCUCCCCCCCCACCUCCUCUCCCCUUCCUCCUCUCUCCUCCUGUUCACAAUGACGACCACCCUGGAGAUGAUGCUGGCCCGGCCCGACCAGGAGCUGAGUCCAGAGCGCCUGGAUGGCUGCGAGGACGUUGGUGGCCGCUACAACGUGGUUCCCUCUGUCGUCUGCUCCAUGUGCUGUCUCUUCGGCAUCAUUUACUGCUUCUUUGGCUACCGCUGCUUCAAAGCGGUGAUGUUCCUGACGGGCCUGAUGUUUGGCUCUGUCGUCAUCUUCAUGCUCUGCUACAAGGAGCGCGUUCUGGACACCCAGCUGAGCCUGGAGGCCUCGGUGGGCAUCGGCCUCGGCAUCGGCACGCUCUGCGGCCUGGUCACAAUGCUGGUCCGCAGCGUGGGCCUCUUUAUGGUGGGCCUGCUGCUGGGCCUGCUGGUGGCUGUGGCCACCCUGGUGGGCAUGGAGGAGCUUACCGACAGCCCGCCGCGCUCUGUCUGGGUGCCCCUGGCCGUGCUGCUUGGCCUGGGCAUGCUGUUCGCCGUGCUCACGCUGCAGUGGCAGCGCCUCUUUACCACGCUGUCCACAGCGAUGUUCGGUGCAGCUGUCAUCACUGUGGCGGUGGACUACUUCGUGGAGCUCUUCGCCCUCGUGCUGUACACGUACGAGCGACUGAAAGCGGCACCUGGCAAGCCCGUGUGCUGGCUGACGUGGGUGGUGCUCGGGGUGUGGCCUGCCCUCACCCUGCUGGGGGUCAUGGUCCAGUGGAAGGUCACUGCUGAGGGAUACUCUCAUACCAAGGUCAUCAUCAGCCGGCAGCAGAGGAGGAUGCAGGUGAUGCGGAUUCGUCAGCGGGACGAUCGCUAUCGCAACAAGAAGAAGAAGAAGCAGCAGCACGGCUCCACCUCCAACCAUCACCAGGCCAAGCAGCUUCACACUGAGCCCGCCUACCGCCGCAAGCCCAACCCCAUCCGCCGCUACGACACGGACGUCCUCUCGCCGAGCUACAUCCAGAGUUUCCGAGACCGUCAGGUGCAGGUGCAGCCGAUCCCGAGCCGGCUGGCUGGCCGACCGCACACCGUGGUGGAUGUGGGCUACGACCGCGGCUCCACGACGCCCCUCACCGGAGCUGCAGGACCUUCCCUGCGUGUCUGACCGGUCCCCCGCCUCCCAGAGGCCUGAACUCACCACUCUACCACAGAGACACAUGACUCUGCAAUCACACCUGUGCAAGGACUAACUGGGUUCAAACGUAAUCUGGGUUUAGCCACACCCCUAAGAAUGAAAAUAUAUUUAGGGCUGGAUUUACCCAAAAUGCAAAACAUGUUCAACCCUUUACUAAUUACAUUUUAGUUUAUAAAGCCCAGCAUUCCUUGUGCUACCUGCUGGAGCAAUCAGUGUGGUGCAGAGGCUUGGUUGACCUCUUUUUCACUGUCUUUCAGUAGAUUAAAAUGCACAAAUGCAUGCAUGCACUCACACAAACACACACCGCAGCUACAAUCUUAAGGGCUGGGGUGGAAACCUGAAGUAGCCUGCUGUACCUGGACUCGGCCUGUUUGUCACCAUCUCAAGUCAAACCAGAUCAGGGAUCUCAGUUUCAGUGCAAAACCGCCUCAGGUUCAAACGCAGGCAUCUAAAUACAACCUUGCUGUCGUUUCUACUGCUGUUGAUGAUUCUGAGCUGAUGGUGCAGAAGCAACUAGUCCCUCAGCCUGUAGGUGUCCAACAAAGAUUCAUCUGUAAAGGGAAGUAAGGGCCCUUAAAUGCAAACCGGGAUCUUUUAUUUGCUUUCUGUGCCAUCUGGACUACAAACAAAUCGUCCUUGAAAUGGGGAGGGACAUCUUUCAAGAGGGGAAACCCUUCGUCACCCUUGGUGCUGGACGAUACACUUCUUCAAGCUUCAAACUGCUCUCAGACGGCCAGGGAAUCUGUUUGAACGGGUGCCUUGCCCCUCUGUGGACUGUACCACUCAGCAACAGGAGGGGGGUUACUGGCAGAUCUCCCAUCGAUGGCUUGUUUUUGCAUUAAAUGUGAAGGAUUUUCAGGCGGGUAGCCAUAGAGCUACAACAAGCAGGGUCAAAUCAUGUUGUUGGAGUGGAGUUGGCUUGUUGUCUUCACAGAUGCCUGGAUAUAUGAGGAGGAUUUGUUUUUAGCUGACAGCAAGAGAGCCACAUUUACACUGGCACCUCCUCUGAGAUUCUACUCACGGUUUGGAAACCAUGUCCCUGAUUAUUGUACAACCUGAACUUCAUCCCAGACUGUUUCCUCCAAGAGAUUAUUUAAGAUGCUGAGCAGAGAGGUUUUUACUCUAUAAGCACAGAUGAAAGAUAUGUCUGCCAGUGUGUAGAAGGUCCACUCUUUAGCUCCAGUUGCUCUGGCAGAAGAAGCUAAAAGUCUUCCACGAGUCUCAAAGCUAGCAGGAUUAUUAUUUAUUGAUAUUAUAAAUGUGACUCCCGGCUGAGAUGCCAGUGUAAAUACGGCUCAGAGAGUCUGGAUGAAAGCAGUGGACGAGUGGCCAUACCAACUUGUACUUAGACCAACAGCUCCUUCCAUCGUGUGCAUUGAUUUUCUUUAUUUGGGACAACAGAACAUUUCUGUCACCAGUGAAAAUGUGAAUACUUUACCGUCUUUACCUUUUUAUAGUUAAAGCAAGCAGAUGUGGGGGGGGGGGGGGGGGGGGGGGGGGGGGCGUAUGGUACGUUUUUAUUCAACCGUAGGAAACGGAAAUGCAUGACCUCACCCCGAUCCGCCCUGCGUGGCUUCGUCUUGGCCCCCACCAAACACCCUCCGCCCUCAUGUGCAUCCAUGUGAACUUUGUACAUAAAACACAGCACUACUAACCUGUUCUGUUAUUUCUAUCAUUCCAUUUAAACUUUCUUUUCUUAAGAAUCUAAAUUGUUCUUUUCAAGUGGGAUGUAUUUAUUUUCAGAUGUAUUUAUUUCUGUAAAGGAGAGAGCGAUGUCAUCACUGUAGGCCAGUAACUCCAUGCUUUUUUUAAGAACUUUAAUUAUGACUAUAAUUAUUAAAGCAUGUGUUCUUAUGG